CUUUCGUAACCACUCUUUGCUUGUUUGCGCGAUUUCCAACUUGCCCAUGGUGUUUCGAAAAUAUUUGUAAUAUAUAAAUACUACUCACAAAACAAUCUUUUCUUUAUUUCGAUAUGGGAGACAGUGAAUAUCCGUUCAAAGCGGAAUACGCAAAAAGCAAUCGCGCUAGUUGCAAAAAAUGCUUCAAAAACAUAGGAAAAGACAGUUUAAGAUUAGCUAUAAUGGUUCAGAGUCCCCAUUUUGACGGAAAGACGCCUAACUGGUAUCAUUAUAACUGUUUUUGGGAACGAGUUAGAGGGUUACUUUCUGUGAAUCAAAUUCAUAAUUUCGAUGCCCUCAGAUGGGACGAUCAGAAAAAGAUUAAAGACAAAGUGUCAGGUUCAGCAGAUGGUGAAGAUGGUGCUUAUAGUGGCGAAACGAAUUACAAAGAUUUUCUGAUUGACUAUGCUAAGUCCGGAGCGAGUGUCUGUAGGGGAUGUGACAGCAAAAUUCCAAAGCAGGAAGUUAGAUUGGCUAAGAAGGACUUUGAAUCGCAAAGAGCUAGAAUGUACGGACCUCAGAAUAUGUGGUAUCAUCAAGAUUGCUUUGUUGAAAAUCGGGAUGAUCUUGGAUUUUCAACUGAGAUGCAGCCAGAUCAGAUACCCGGUUACAAGCAAUUAGCAAAAGAGGAUAAGGAAACGCUAAUCGAGAAAUUAGGCAAAGGCGUAAAACGAAAAGCAACCGGCGGCACUGAAGCGACAAAACCUAAAAAAGUUAAGAAAGAGAAAGAAAAAGAGGAAAAGCCCGAGGAAAAGAAAUUAAGAGAGCAAUCUGAGAUGUUGUGGGCCAUAAGGGAUAAAUUGUCGAAUGAAGUUUCGAAUAACGCUUUAAAAGGCCUUUUGGAAUACAAUAAUCAGGACGUUCCAUCAGGGAACGAUAAUUUAUUAGACAGAGUUACUGAUUGUAUGGCAUUUGGGUUGUUGAAAAAGUGUCCUGAAUGUAAAGAAGGUCAAUUGGUACACAGUAAAUACGGUUAUUCAUGCCGUGGUAAUAUUUCUGCUUGGACGAAGUGUCAGUAUAGAACUUCUGAACCCGAGCGGGAUAAAUUUGAAAUACCAGAGGAUUAUCACGAUGUUGAAUAUUUUACUGGGAAAAGUUGUUACCGAUGCACUGGAAACUUUUCAGGCUUUACUGCCUGUAGUUAUACUACGGUUACGCCUGAAAGAAAACCUUUUAAAAUCCCUGAGGAGUAUUUAGACGCCGAUUGUUUGGCUAAGUACAAGUAUAAGAAGCGGACAAGAGUGUUUCCACCUGCUCCUAAAACGGCUGUCAACGCAGGAACUGAUGCAAAUGUUGAAUUACCACUUAAGGGAAUGACUUUCGUUAUUGGAAAAACUACAAAAUCCAAAGCCGAAUUGACUAAAGAAAUUAAAGAUCUGGGUGGUACAGUUGCAACUGCAGUGGACGAAAAAACAUUUGCAGUCUUUAGCAAUGAGGCCGAAGUAAAGAAAAAUUUAAAGGUUAUUAAAGAAGCUAAAAAGAAUAAUAUACAAGUUGUUAAAGAGGAUUUCUUAGAAGAGGCUAUGAAAGUCGACCCUGUUUCUUUGAUUGACAAGCAUAAACUUUGCGAUUGGGGAGAUGAUCCAAAGCAAAGAAUACAGAAACCCAAAAUUAGAAAGUCAAUUAUGGAGAAACAGAGAGAGAAGGAUGAGAAAAUGUUCUCUGGGGCUGAAAAGACAAAAAUGAAAGUGAAAGGAGGAGCAGCUGUAGAUCCCGAUUCAGGACUCGAAGAUACCGCUCAUCUUCUACAAGAUAAGGGGGAGCCUUACAAUGUUGUUUUAAAUAUGGUUGACAUUCAAAAAGGGACCAACUCUUACUAUAAACUUCAAAUAUUAGAAUCUGAUAAAGGGAAAUUAUUUUGGGUUUUUAGAGCCUGGGGUCGUGUUGGAACAACAAUAGGCGGUAAUAAAUUAGAUGAAUUUCGAUCAAAGGACAGAGCAAUUGACAACUUUACUACAGUUUAUUACGAGAAAACCGGAAAUGAAUGGUCAGAGAGAAAAGAUUUUCAGAAGAAACCGCGAAAAUUUUAUCCUAUUGAAAUUGACUACGGCGCCGAAGAUGAAGAUAUUGAAGUUGAUCUAUCUGGGAAAAGUAAUUCGAAAUUGGCGAAAGAAAUUCAAGACAUUAUACGCCUAAUUUUCGAUGUGGAAAGUAUGAAGAAGGCUAUGCUCGAAUUUGAAAUUGAUCUAAAGAAAAUGCCGCUUGGAAAGUUAUCUAAGAAACAGAUCGAAGAUGCUUAUAAAGUACUUAACGAGCUUCAACAUUUAAUAGACACUGGCGGAAGUCCUACACAAUACUUGGACGCGUCGAACAGGUUUUAUACACUAAUUCCACAUGAUUUCGGUUUAAGAAAACCUACUGUACUAAAUACGGUAGAUAUUAUCAAGUCAAAAAAUGACAUGUUGACCAAUUUACUAGAUAUUGAAGUCGCUUACAGCCUAUUGAAAGGAGGAAAGGGUAGUGAAAGUGACCCCAUUGAUGUUCAUUAUCAAUCUCUCAAAACGGAUAUGGAAGUUUUGAACAAGGAAUCUUUAGAAUUUAAGCAAAUUGUCGAUUACGUUCGUAAUACCCACGCUGCUACACACAACCAAUAUCAAUUGGAAGUUAUAGAUGUACUUAAAAUAGAUAAACACGGGGAAGAUAAAAGAUAUAAACCAUUCAAAGAUCUGCACAAUCGUCAACUUUUAUGGCAUGGUUCAAGGACCACUAACUUUGCUGGUAUACUUUCCCAAGGUCUACGUAUAGCUCCACCAGAGGCGCCAGUUACCGGUUAUAUGUUUGGAAAGGGUAUCUAUUUCGCUGACAUGGUAUCAAAAUCUGCUAACUACUGUCGAACGUCUAAAGCAGAGCCUACGGGCUUGUUGCUGUUAUGCGAAGUAGCUCUCGGUAAUAUGUAUGAAUGUAAGGCAGCCGAAUACGUUACUAAUUUACCUAAGGGCAAACAUAGUACAAAAGGAAAGGGGAUGACCGUUCCAAAUCCAGAGGAUAAGAUUAUUACAGGAGACGGAGUAGAAAUUCCUCUAGGAAAAGGUACAAAUUCAAAAGGAGAAAGAACCAGUUUAUUAUAUAACGAAUACAUUGUCUACGAUGUUUCUCAAGUAAGGAUGAAGUACCUAAUAAAAAUGGACUUCAAAUUCAAGUGGUGA